UAGAUGCUCAGUUCAUAUUAUAUAUCCAACAUGGGUAUAUCACAUGAAAUAACUCACGUAAAGCACUCUUUUAUAUUUGCACAAUAUUCACAGAUUAAGCAAAGUUCACCUUUUUUUAUUUGAAUCUACGUAAUCCUUUUACACAAGUGACACCCAUACACACAGAUAUCCAAAAACCAAGUUUUUAUCAAACCUUUCUUUAUCUCGAGUAUUUUAGGCCGUAACUAAUAAACCCCACUAUUUUACAUAUCUUUUCCUUAAUAUGUACACCCUUACAUCUUAUUUAGCAAUCCCAGUCGGUUUUAUUUCCAUUAAAUGACCGAAAGAAUCAGCACCUGUUUUUAAUAUAACUCCUUGCGAAAAUUUAGAAGGUGUCCACCGUCUUCUAUAUACACUUAAUUUUUCACGUAUAAACAGUAAAACGAAAAGCAAAUUUGAAUUCAAAAGGGGCGGAGAUAAGUUACGCAUGUGUAAUAUAUCACCCCAUAUUUAUCUCCGGUGAAUCCACUACUCUUAAACUGUCUAUGAUAUCUUAUUUUAAACGUAAAACAACUUUCUGAGCCAGUGAGUUGCCAUUGAAAUUGGUUGAAGCGAGAAAGAACACGAAGGAAAUAUGGAUAGAUUCGCCACGCGGAACGUACACUAGCUUUAAACAAACUGACAAAAAUGGAUAUUUGGAGAAAACGUGCGAUAGUGCGCUUAUAUUAAAUUAACCCCUAAUGUCUUAACGUAAAUAUACAUGUACGGCGUCAGGGGAAGUGAUAAAUUGUGUGUAAGGUUUAAAAAGAACGGCGAAAGGAUAUGAUACGUUCCUUGUAUUGUACACGUUUAAAUACAACAGGUGUGGGACUUUCAUGUAUAUGAUUUGAUACAACUUGGCAACUCAUGACCAAUAUAUAAAUGUAGACGUAUAGAAAGGAUAGCGGUAAACGAUGGAGUCAUCGGCAAUGCAGGCAGCUUUUAUCUUCUUUCUGAUUGGAUGUUGCUAUGGUAACGAGGGUGACGUCAUAUCUCAUUUGAUACUGCUGGACCAGGUUCCGCCAUCAAUCAGUGCCAAUGCCACUCCAGAAAUUGUCAUCAGGACAAAUUUCAGCGGUCAGAUAGAGUUUCUGGAAGCAGACAAGUUUAAAGUUUUGUUAAAUAUAACAGCCCCUUCAAUACAAGAUGCUUAUGCUGUAUCGUCAGAGCUCGUAGAUAACAAAGGGAGACUACUGCUACAAGUUUAUGAGAAGCCAGGUUCGAGCCCGGCCUUUAGUCUACAAUGGAUAUUUCUGUUGGUGUCAUGUCUGAGCGGGUUCGUGUUGUUCAUGACGGUGCUAUAUGUCACGUGGUGGUAUACGCAGAAGAAACAUUUAGGAAUAUAUGGCGCCCGAGGAUAUCUUACUAACAGACAAAUGUACAGAUCUAGAAAUAGUAUGCAACUUGGAGCGGCCGCUGAGCUGAUGGGAGAACAAGAUGACGACGAUAUUGAUGGAGAGGAUGACGGUGAACGACGUAAAAUGGAGAAAUUUCGGGUUUCUAUGAAGCCAGAGACAAUUAUUGAGGAGUCUGAGGACAGCUGUGAUGAUGACAGAACAAAUCCGAAGCUGCGAUUCCAGGUACCCAUCAGUCAUGAUGCAUUUCAAAGGAAACUGUCUCUUAGACUGGCACAAGGCGGUCAUCUGUCCAAUGAAAAUAUACGGGGGAGUGGCAUAUUAGACUAUCCUGACCAAUCAGGAGAUGAGCUAGAAAAUGACCUAUCACCUGAUCAGAAAGUAGCAGAUGCUGACGGGAGUUACACGCCCUUGGGUGAUAUAGAUGAUAUGUGGCACGACCAUGCCGUCCAAAAUUCACAAAGCACGGCAAAACUUGCUGAUCCAAGAGGCAAUCUGGACUUUAAUAUUCAAACAAGUAAAUCCGACGGUGAUUUAUUAGGGGGAGAAAACAAGAAACUUUACUGCAAAAAGAAAAGUGAUGAUACCGGCGACUUUCUUCGUUUGGAAGACUCUGACCUUGACCUUCCAUCGCCGGAUCACAAUAUGGACGGCGAUCAGCUGUCUAACACAAGUCUGCCGUUACCUAGCCCUCCUCCAAUGUCGAAUGAAUUUAUGCCAUACGAUACUCAUGGAAGAAUUUCACAACUCUCACCGAGGCAGAGCCUUGUUACACCCUUAGAUAGCAAGGAUUACGGAACUAUGAUUGCAUUAACUGGGUCACCUUCGCCUGGUGGGCCAUACUCGAAGCACACUGUAGAUCGAUUUGUUUUUCCUCCCGUUCCGGCUAUGAAUAAUCCCCAGCAACAACCCUCGUCUUCUACCUACAAUCCUCCGCAACACGCAGCAUGGGCCAAACGAGAACUUAAUUUUCCAAGCAGUAACAGAGCGGAAGGGGGAGGAGAGUAUGUUGGUCUACCGAUGAAUUUAACUGCUCCACCUCCGGGAGCACAGGGAAAUAUGCAAGCGCCUGAAGGACUACCACCUCCACCGCCUCCUUACGAAUACGUCUUGGAGAUGGCGAAAGGGCGAGAACGCAAGUUAAGUCAAGGUAAAAGAGAACGCAAAAGCAGUGAAAGAGAACGUACAGUGAGCGGAGGAGAACGGGGUCAAAUUCAGAGCGGAGCUGAAAGAGAACGUAGACAAAGCGGACAAGAACGGGAAAGAAGACAAAGUGGUUCGGAUAAAGAAAGAAAAUCUGGCGGUGGCUCUGGCAGGAAAGGAAAAGCACCGAAGCACCUACAUCUGAUGAUGUUGACAACAUUUUGUGUACUCAGUGUAAUAUCAGGUGUCUACUCUGCUGUCACAUCUGAUAAAACUAAAGUGAACAUUGUAGUUUACGUGCCGGCUUCUUUCCCCUUUAAAAAUUCUACUAUCUACACGGCUCCUGGGAAAAUCGUGAAAGUACAAGAUUCCAAAGGAAUGAAAUGGUUUGUAUCUCCUAACCCUAUACUUCUCGAGCCAAACGGAACAUCAAAAUGUACCGGUGUUCUAUGUGAACAUACAUGUGAUGAAAAUACAGGAAAUUGUAUCUGUCGCCAUGGUUACAAUAUGGAAUAUGGUAUAUGUAAAGAUAUAAAUGAGUGUCAAACAGGCAUGAUUCAAUGUUCACACUCACAGGCUGGAUGUGUUAAUGUAGAUGGCGCCUAUGAGUGUUUAUGUAUGACCAGCAGUAACUUGUAUGAAUUUGGAGACCGUUGCCUAGAUUGUAGAGAUCCUUGCCCAGCUGGUAAAUAUGAGAUUCAACCUUGCAGAGGAGAAAGCAAGAAAAUAUGUAAAGAAUGUACAAAGUCGUGUGGUGAAAAUUUCUACAUGAAGGAGCAAUGUACGGAGGAUAAUAAUGCCGUCUGCCUUAAAUGUCAACCAAAAUGCAAUGCCAAUUUAGAGUUCGAGUUUAGUCAAUGCAGCGCAACACAGAAUCGAGAAUGCAAAGAGAAAAUUCGUCUGCCUAAGCCUCAGAUGUCGGCCAAUAUGAUUUUAGAUGACCUGGCACCACCAAACGAUGAGUUUAAGACAAUACCAUACCAACCCCGGGGCUACCCUGGUUUUCUGCUAGAUCGAGGACUUAAUGGUCUAGGGUCAGAGUUUCAGAUUCAGGCCAAGGUUAAAGAAUUUCAGGCCGUUGUCCUGUUCCGGUCCAUCAACCACUCGGCAGCUGUAUCAGCUAAAGAUUUCACCGGAAACAAGGAAAUUAUUGAGAGAUACUGUCCCUAUCCAGUACCUUAUAUGUAUCAACUGAAAUAUGUGAAACAUAAUAAUGUUUACUAUAAAGAAGACUCUAACGACGGUAUCUUAGAACCGUGUGAUACUGAGAGGGACAGUUUCCCUGGUAACGCAAACUCGGAAGAUGAUUUCAUUCUAUGCUCACAACCAGGGGUCUUCGCGGACGUAUUUCAAAAUAUCAAACCAACAGACUUCAACAUUUCUGAAACUGUGUGGGAAGAACGUGAUACAUAUUGUAGAGAACAACAUGAACGCUGUGAGAAUUGUUCACGUAGCUGUAUCAUACAAAUGAACGCUGGAGGAGCUAGAAACUGUGACAUCUCUGCUGCAGACGACACUGGAAAAUCGCCGAGGAUUCCGACUUGCGUCGCGUGCUGUACACGUGAUAACUGUAGUAGUCAGUGUAGAAGUUAUCAUAAAGGACGCUGCCAAAUGGUCAAGUGUCAGAAAGGGCCGUUACUCAAGCUGGAACUGAAUCCUAUUUACCCAGCAGACGACACGUUUUAUUGUCACGUGGAGCCAAUUCUUGGUCAGAGAAUAUUAGUCAUAGAGUAUGAAGUCAAGCUAAAUAAACACUCGGAUUUGACGUUCUUCAAGGGCAAGCUUUCAUUGUAUACAGAUGAAAAUUGGCAGAAAACGGGGAAAAUGCAGGGGACUGACAGUAUAAUUCACGCUGAAAUAGACUCUCGCCUUGGUGAGAUACCGAACUUUAUAAAGGGGAAAGUUGGAGAUAUACAGGUCGGGGUUGGUAAAUACACCGUGGAAGGUGAAAGCAGUUUCCUGUCAACUGUUACAUCUAACAAUAACAUCUCCAUACAACCUGGUAGACCUUUUGGUAUUAAUCCAAAACAAUUUGGAAAGGAAAAGUGUAGUGACAGUACGGUGACUUGGGAAGAUGUUGUUACUGGAAGAAGUAAUGAUAUAUACAAUACAUCCACCGAUUAUAUCGCCAUGUUUCAUCAACAAUACACCUAUCUGGUGAACGAUAGGUCAAAGGCCGCUAUAUUGAGAAUAAAGCUGAACGAGAAAAUGUCCCUGUUAAAGGCUGUACGUAAACCGACAAAGGUUUUCUACGAGUCCCUGUCAGCUAAUAUGACUAUGAAUGGAACUCAUUGGAUAAUUAUAAUGACUGGAAAAGUUGAAGAUUGUCCUGGUGUUUUCAGUUUGAAUCUGUCGGACCCGUACUACAUUGACACACCUCUGUAUCAUUUUGACGUGGGUAUAGAGUGCCCGACAGACUUUAGACUAGUUUUCACCGUUCCCACGGGUGAUUCACGUGCAAUGUCCAAGGACAUGCAGAUCCAAGUCAAGGACACAUUAGGCACGUUUAUUCUUAGGAUACAUACGGUUGGAAAACCAGAUAUCUACGCUUUUAAAACUGCGCCAGAUACAGAAUCCCCGACUGCACGUGAAGUGGUGACGUCAGACGAGUCCACCUACACAGCACCGAUACAUUUCUCCAUACUCUUUGUGGCUGUGGUGUUUGGGGCAAUAUUCCUUCUUGUGCUUUUACUCAUUUUUGGAGUCGCUUGGAAACAAGGUAUACCGGAAGGAGAUAUUCAGCGGUUCCGGAUUCGCCAUCUUGUAAUGCUGGUAGUUUAUAUAACGUUCCAGUUUAUAUAUGCUCUCUUCGUCUCAAUGUCAGUGUUUGUGAUGAUAAUAAUAGCUGUCAAUGGGGAAACAAGUAAAUUCUUGAAACAGUACAAUCAGCAGAGGUCAGUAACAACUGCAUUAAGCCAGUUAGAACUGGAUUCGAUGGAACUUCAUUUAAGAUCAGAAAUACAACGCCAAAAUAACGAGGCUUCAACACGGAAACAGCUCUGUCACGCUACAAUACAGUCUGUUAUAACAGACGUGGAAAGGUUACAGAAAUCAAUUGAGACAAAAGCUAUUAAUAAAGUACAGAGACAAAGCAUAAAGAAACUUGUAAUGGAGCACACUGAAGCAACAUUUGAUGUUUUCUCUAGAGAUAUACAAAAGUUCAGGGACAGGUACAGAAAGUAUGAGCAGUAUGUUUUGGACAAACUUAGGUCCGAGACAGAGACUACAUUACAGAGUAUACAAAAGUCAAAAUGGCUGCGUGGAGCACAGUACCUGUAUCAGAUUGUAGCUAUAAACAAGAAACUGAUGAGCCCAGGAGCCGAUAUGGUGUCAUUUAUGACUUGGGUGAAUAUGGACACGGACAUGAAACAUCUUUUACAAGGUUUAACACUGUCAUUACCAGAUUUACCAGACUUGAGAAAUAGUCAGUUUGCCAACAAUAUGGAUGUCAAUAAAAAGGAGGCGGUCCUCUCACAUACUACACCCCUUUCAUCACAAACAAUAAACAAAUGGUUUGUGCAACCUGAUGUUUAUAGUAACAAAGUGAAUACAACAAAGGCUAACACUGAAGAAGCAACGAAGAAAGUGUCGACUUUAGAUCCCGGAAGUUACGUCAUUUUCAUGGUGUUCAUGGUGAUCAUUGAUAUAUUCUGGAUGUUACACCGUAUGAUUAAAGCUUGUGGGAUAGGACAACUUCUGUUAUACGGUUAUCCGGUAUAUGUGGACGUGAGAGAAAAGAAAGAGGGCAAUGAAGAAGUGAAAAAGAUCAACAAAAAGCCAAUGUCAAGUAAAUUCAAAACUAUCCUCAACAAGGUAUUAUCUACGUUAUUUAUACCAAAGUUGAUAGGAACGCUGUUCGUUUGUCUCAUGGUAUAUUUUGUGUCAUUGUGUGCGUACAAGUUCAUCAACAGAGAGACCUUCAGUUAUCUUGGUUAUCAUAACGACAUGGAGGACAUUAUGCGAAUAAACGAAGAUGUUAUGAACCGCCGCUUGAGGGCGCAUGCUGAGCGUAUAAAUGGUCUGGAAUACAGAAUGUAUGAAAAUGCGAUGAAUAUUAACAUACAGAAUCAUCAAUACGUGUUAAACUUGGUAGAAACUCAAUGGAGGGCUAUAGAACAAUCUCAUACACGUGCAUAUUGCACGUAUUUGAAGAGGAUAAAUGUAACAGCGAGUUGUAAUAGUGACGUAGGUGACGGAACGCUGUCGGAAGUUAGACCAGAUAGGUGUUCUUUCCCGCCGGUCACGCCCGUACUUUAUAAAAGAAAUGAGACAUCAUCAUCAAAGAUAGCUGGCAUGCAGUUAGAUGGAUUUCUAACAAAUAUUCGUAAACUAGUGAACGACACGUGUUACAUCAUUGUCAUCUACCUAUCUGCCAUUGUUAUAAAAGAACUGCUCGGGACAGUGCUAUGGAUAUAUGUAAAACGAUCUGGUUUUGUGAGUUUAAGAAUAAUCUACGAGACAGAUGAAUCGCCAGGUUCUGCCGACAGUUCAACUACUAACAAAUGAAAAAUGCCAUAGUUCAGAUUGUGAUUCAUUUAAACAACACUGUUGUAAAAUCUUUACUCUGGUGUAAGAGAUUUAAUUCUGAAGAGUGAGGAAUAAGGACUUGGGUAGUACCGUCCGGAACAAUCUGCUAUAAAUAUAUAGCUAGAUACAUUAUGCAAACUAGGGAUUUUUACCAUUGAAGUGACGAAUAAAGACUCAGUGUACUAUGGUCUGUAACAGCACUGUUUUUUAAUGUAUAAAUGAAUAUAAUUAACUGGAUAUUUGAAUCUUGCAGUGAGGAAUAAAGACUUGUUUACUGUGGGUCAUAACAGCACUGUUGUUUCAAUAUAUAAUUAGAUAUACGUUGUAUUAUAAAUUGGAUAUUUAACUCUUGGAGUGAGAAAUAGAAGACUUGGUUGCCACGUUUCAUAACAGCACUGUUGAUGGAUAUAUUGUAAACUGGAUAUUUAUCUUAAUAUUUAGUAAUUCAUGAACAAACAUUGUUGAAUACUCAGAAAUAUUUGUUGGAGAGGGGGAGACAAGCUAAUUAAAUGCAGUGGAGCAUAAUAUUCACUUCAAACGUUUUGAAGAUUUUGUGAAAACAAACUCAAAUGACUGUCGAAUUGUUAACAUUUUAAAUUAUCAUGGAUUUUGAUAAGUUUUAUGAAUAUAUCUAUGUUUUGAAAGACGCUGAUUAGAUAAUGCAUUGAGUGCCAAUGAAAUAUUUUUUUGCCUUACGCAGAUUGCGCAUGCGCAAAACAUUGCAACUGACCUAUUUGCAUUGUGAAAAAUAUGAAUUAACCGAUAUUUUAUAAUUAUAUUCUACGGUAAUGCAAUAAUAGUGCGAAAUAAGGCAGAUAAAGGCGCAUAGACAACUUAUGCUGAGAUUCUAAAAAUAGUAACAAAGUACCAAUUAAUUAUGUUUUUUUUUUACUUUUGUUAAGAAGAUCGUAUUAUAAUUUUUUUAAUUUAUGAAAAUAUAAGCAUUGAUCCUAUAACCAUGCAAUGUGUGACAGCGAGUUUUAGAUAUCUUGAAAUUAUGUGUACAGUAUAUUGUAAAGACAAAUUUUCUAUACUGAGGAAUAGCAGAGCGGUAGAAAUCUAAACUAUGUACCUAUAAAAUACAUUGUUAUAGUAACAGGCAUUGCUUGAUAUAUUAUGUAUGUUUAUUGACUAAAACUUUUUUUCUAAUAAACUGCCAAUUUUGGUCAAUUGUUUUAAAACAUUGAAGAUGUUUUCCUUUGUGAAACGGUGAAAUGCAUGUACCUUUAUUGCACAGUACAGUCGUGUAUAUGUAUGAUUAUGUAAAUGACUGGCAAUGUGGUUAUUAUUCUAUACUUGAAGUUUUAAACAUUGUUUUGGCAACAAGAUUAUUAUGUUUAUUGUGUUUCUUUCGAAUUAUAAAAUUGGUGCAUUUUUAUUAAUAAUAUUUAUUGUAAUAGUAUUUCGUCAUCUCAUAUGCAAUAAUGGGCUAACUCCUAUUGAAAAUAAGAAGAGUUAACAUGUUACUGCACUAAGGUCACGAUUUAAUUAAUUUAAGUAUGUCAUGUUAUUCUUUCUAUGUAUUAUUUGAAUAAUACAAUUUAUUGUGGUAAUUGAAUAAUGCAAUUUGUUGUAUAAAUUGAAUUAUGCA